AUGAGUAACCUCACAUCCACCGACCCAACAGCCCCGCCGCCCCAGCCGCCGCGGCCCUCCACCUCCGGCUGCGACCGCCACCCGGACGAGCAGUUCACCGGCUUCUGCCCCUCCUGCCUCGUCGAGCGCCUCAGCACCCUCGACACAUCCUCCAUCACCCCCUCCUCCUCCCACCGCCCCUCUUCCGCCGCCGCCGCUGCAUCCGCCUUCAAGUCCCUCUUCACCUCCACCUCCAGGGCAACCAACUUCGCCGCUCCUCCGCCGCCGCCGCCGAAGCCCUUGAAGCCCGCUUCAUUCCUUCCCGAGCUCCGCCGCUCCAAGUCCUUCUCCGCCUCCAAAAACGAGGCCCUAGGUCAGUCCCUCGAGCCCCACCGUAAAUCCUGCGACGUUAGGGCUAAAAACACUCUCUGGUCACUGUUUUCUCUCGACGACGAGAGUAAACCUUCCACCAGCAACACCAAUUGGCCCCUCGCCGCCUCAUCCUCCUCCUCCCACCAAAACCCCCAAAUCAGCAGCUCAAAACCUAUCGAAUCUGCCCUACCAAACAAAUCCAUCUCUGGAGAAAUUGAAUCUGAAAUCGAGGAGGAUUUCAAGGACCCACCAGAAAAUCUAGAAGCCAUUGUCGCCCCGUCGGAAGAUGGCGGAGACAGGGAUGAAAUCAGGCCAGCCGACGACUCUCAUUUCCAAAACCCGCGAAAUCCGGUCGGAAUAAACGCGAAUAUCAGUGAAAUCGUGGAAGAAAAGCCAGAAAGCUCGAGCAAUCCAAAACCCAUGAACCACCGCAUAGAUCUCCUCACCCAUCCCCAGGCAAAGAAGACUUCCGGCGUCGGAGGUUUCUGGGGCGCCGCCUCCGUCUUCAGCAACAAAUGGCGCAAAUGGCGGCACAAGCAGAAGGUCAAGAAGCAGAACACCGGCAAACACCUAGCCCGAUUCCGUGCUGAAAAACCCAUUGCCCGUCACUACCGAGACACCCAAUCUGAAAUCGCUGACUACGGAUUCGGCAGGAGAUCCAUCGACGUUGACCCUCGAUUCUCACUCGACGUCCCUCGAAUCAGCUUCGACGAUCCACGAUACUCGUUCGACGAGCCUCGAGCGUCCUGGGACGGCUACGUGACCGGCAGAAACUUUCCGAAAAUACCCCCAAUGGUCUCCGUUCUUGAAAACGGGCCUUCCACCCGAGUCCCACGGGCCGAUAUGCAGAUCCCUCUGGACCCUCCGAGUUUCUUCUCCGGCGAAAACGUGCCGGGUGGCUCUGCACAGACCAGAGAUUACUACUUAGAUUCGUCUUCUAGAAGGAGAAAGUCUCUCGACCGGUCGAGCUCGAUCAGAAAAACCGCAGCUGCUGUUGUGGCCGAAAUAGACGAGCUGAAAAUGGCUUCUUCUUCUAAUGCUAAGGUCCUUCCCACGAAUUUGGUUGGCGAUUCGUAUCCAAAUUCUUUAAGAGACGAUGCCUCUGAAACUUUCGAGCUGAGCAGUGGGUUCAGGGACGGUAUUUUGGGGAAUGCCGAGAAAAAAGAAUCGAAAAAGUCGAAGAAAUGGGGUUGGAAGAUAUGGGGUUUCUUGCAUAAAAAGGGUCGAAAGGAAGAAGAUGAAGAUGAUAAAUACAGCAAGUACAGUAGCGCGAAUGGAGUCGAUCGAUCGUGGUCUCAGUCGUGGCAAGAAUUGAGGCGGGAAGGGAAUUAUAAUAACGGGCUUAGUCGAAAUGUGGCGAGAAGCAAUAGUAGCGUGAGCUGGAGGCACGCAGGCCCGUUCGGGCCCCCUUUUGUGAACGGGAGGAGAUCGAGUGUGGAUGCGUAUGGGAAUAAUAAUAACGGGCGGAGGAGCGAUUUUACGGUUGAUAAAAACAGGAAUAACACAAGGUAUUCACCGAGCCAUUUGGAUAACGGGCUUUUGAGAUUUUACUUGACGCCCACACGGGCCAACCGGAGAGGAGGGACGGGUAAAGUGAAGCCCUCUAACCCACAUUCGGUCGGGAGGAGUGUGAUGAGGCUGUAUUGA